ACAGUGACCGAGGCCCUUUCCGCUCAGCCAACGCUUCACGGAGCUGUCUGUGUUAAAUGUGACCUCCCAGGCAGCGUUUCGUUUCGUUUCGUUUCGUUCACUGCGGACGUGGAGGAUUUGUCUGAAAUGUAGUUAGCUGAACUGGCUGUAACGUGUUAGGUAGAAAAACAAAAAUUUCCCGAGCUUACUAAUUCCACCAAAUAUAAUCAUAACAGCAUUCGUUUGUUGGUUUGGUUGCAGAAUAGGUGAAACCAUUAAAACAACUUUUUGUCAUAUAGAUUGGAUUGACGUUUUGUCGCAUAGCUUGCUCGGUGCUUGUCUUUUGCUCUGGGAAGUAUAAGGACUCCACCGUUUCCUCUUAAUCAGGAUUCUCAUAAAUAGCAAAGGUCUCUGCACAUUCAGGAGUCAACUGUCAGAGGUCAGUAUGUCCCAGUGGAACCAGUUGCAGCAGCUGGACCCUCGGUACCUGGAACAGCUGUAUCACCUGUACAGCGAGAGCUUUCCCAUGGAGCUUCGCCAGUUUCUCGCCCCCUGGAUUGAGAGCCAGGACUGGGCCUAUGCUGCCAACAAAGAGUCUCACGCAACGCUGGUGUUCCACAACCUGCUGGGAGAGAUGGACCAGCAGUACAGCCGCUUCCUACAGGAGAACAACGUGCUGUACCAGCACAACCUGCGGCGCAUCAAGCAGCACCUGCAGAGCAAGUUCCUGGAGAAGCCCAUGGAGAUCGCCCGCAUCGUGGCCCGCUGCCUGUGGGAGGAGCAGCGGCUUCUGCAGACCGCCACCAGCGCCGCACAGGAAGGACAGGCUGCUCAUCCCUCAGGUACUGUGGUGACUGAAAAGCAGCAGAUCCUGGAACACAACCUGCAGGACGUCAGGAAGCGGGUGCAGGAUAUGGAACAGAAGAUGAAAAUGCUGGAAAACCUGCAGGAUGACUUCGACUUCAAUUACAAGACUCUAAAAAGCCAAGGAGAGCUGUCUCAGGACCUGAAUGGGAACAGCCAGGCUGCAGCCACCAGGCAGAAGAUGUCUCAGCUGGAGCAAAUGCUGACAGCCCUGGACCAGCUCCGAAGGCAAAUAGUGACUGAAAUGGCGGGGCUGCUGUCGGCUAUGGACUUUGUGCAGAAGAACCUGAUGGACGAGGAGCUGGCGGACUGGAAGAGGAGGCAGCAGAUUGCCUGCAUUGGAGGACCCCCCAACAUCUGCUUGGACCGCCUAGAGACCUGGAUCACGUCCCUGGCGGAGUCCCAGCUGCAGACCCGCCAGCAGAUAAAGAAGCUGGAGGAGCUGCAGCAGAAGGUGUCCUACAAGGGGGACCCCAUCAUCCAGCACCGGCCCGCCCUGGAGGAGAAGAUUGUCGACAUCUUCAGGAACCUCAUGAAGAGCGCAUUCGUGGUGGAGCGCCAGCCGUGCAUGCCAAUGCACCCAGACAGGCCUCUUGUCAUCAAAACUGGAGUGCAGUUCACCACCAAAGUCAGGUUACUGGUGAAGUUUCCUGAACUGAAUUACCAGCUGAAGAUCAAAGUGUGUAUUGAUAAGGAAUCAGGGGAUGUGGCCGCCCUGCGAGGGUCCCGCAAGUUUAACAUCCUAGGCACCAACACCAAGGUGAUGAACAUGGAGGAGUCCAAUAAUGGCAGUCUGUCUGCAGAGUUCAAACACCUGACUCUGAGAGAGCAGAGAUGUGGGAACGGGGGCAGGACUAACAGUGAUGCUUCCCUCAUUGUGACUGAGGAGCUCCACCUCAUCACCUUUGAGACAGAGGUCUACCACCAGGGGCUCAAGAUGGACUUGGAGACUCACUCCCUGCCAGUGGUUGUGAUCUCUAACAUUUGUCAGAUGCCCAAUGCCUGGGCCUCCAUCCUGUGGUACAACAUGCUCACCAAUCACCCCAAGAAUGUGAACUUCUUCACCAAGCCUCCGGUCGGCACCUGGGACCAGGUGGCUGAGGUGCUGAGCUGGCAGUUCUCCUCCACCACCAAGAGAGGCCUGACCAUCGACCAGCUGACCACACUGGCCGAGAAACUGCUGGGACCGUGUGUCAACUACUCUGGAUGCCAGAUCACCUGGGCCAAGUUCUGCAAGGAAAACAUGGCAGGGAAAGGCUUCUCCUUCUGGGUGUGGCUGGACAACAUCAUUGACUUGGUGAAGAAGUAUAUCCUGGCACUUUGGAAUGAAGGAUACAUAAUGGGGUUCAUCAGUAAGGAGCGCGAGAGGGCCAUCCUGAGCCCCAAGCCCCCUGGGACCUUCCUGCUGCGCUUCAGCGAGAGCAGCAAAGAGGGAGGGAUCACCUUCACCUGGGUGGAGAAGGACAUCAGCGGUAAGACCCAGAUCCAGUCGGUGGAGCCAUACACCAAGCAGCAGCUGAACAGCAUGUCCUUUGCGGAGAUCAUCAUGGGCUACAAGAUCAUGGAUGCCACCAACAUCCUGGUGUCUCCACUGGUCUACCUCUACCCUGAGAUCCCCAAAGAGGAGGCCUUCGGCAAGUACUGCCGGGCCGAAGCCAUGGAACAGCCCGACCUCACCGAUCCAGGUACCACAGUCCCAUAUUUGAAGACUAAGUUCAUCUGCGUUACCCCGUGUCCCUCCAUGUUCAUGGACUUGCCGGACAGCGAGAUGUUGGGCGGAUUCCCUGGCACCAACUCUGGCAACACCAGUGACCUGUUUCCCAUGUCCCCUCGAACCCUGGACUCACUAAUGCAUAACGAGGGGGCGGAGGCCAACCCUGGAGGCCCGCUGGAAUCCCUUACUCUGGACAUGGAGUUCAGCUCAGAUGUGGCGUCGCCGAUGUGAGGAGUCCCUCUCCACGGAGGAAGCCCAUUGGCCCGCACUUCGGACAGGCCCUCCAUUUGCAUCUCAGUCACGGCUCUUCCAAACCCAUCCACUGGGCUGUCUGACGGGAAGGAAUCUCAGCCGCCAAUCAUAAUAUUACUAUUGUUUUUAUUUUAUUUUUUUAUUUGAGCAUCAGCACUUUGUAGGAGUACCACCAUUCCAUGUCACGAGCGAUGUCAUUUUUCUGCUCAAUGCUGAUUGGCUGCACUGACAGGUUGGAUCAUUUUGUUUCCAGGCAGAACAGGUUGAUCUGUGUCUGCUUCUCCCAGCAGUGUUUAUCUUUCUUGUACUGAUAAAAAAAAUAAUCCAUUAUUAAAGCAUUGUAUUUUUUAUAUAGUGAAUGUCAUUAAUAUUGUAUUAGUGUAUCACUUAUCCUGUGUGUUUUGGAUGGGUUUCUAAAAUAUCAUGUGAUUUAUGACAGUUUCUUUUGAACAUUGUGACACAGAAAUUGCUUUUCAGGCUGUUGUGAGGGAUAUGUAUAUAUAUAUACACUCACCGGCCACUUCUUUAGGUGACAGGAAUGGCACCCGGUGUGUCUUCUGCUGCUGUAGCCCAUCUGCUUCAAGGUUUGACGUGGUGUGCGUUCAGAGAUGCCCUUCUGCAUACCUUGGUUGUAUCGAGUGGUUAUUUGAGUUACUGCUCGAACCAGUCUGGCCAUUCUCCUCUGACCUCUGCCAUCAACAAGGCAUUUUUGCCAAGAGAAUUGCCGCUCACUGGAUAUUUUCUCUUUUUUGGACCAUUCUGUGUAAACCCUAGAGAUGGUUGUGCGUGAAAAUCCCAGUAGAUCAGCAGUUUCUGAAAUACUCCAACCAGCCCAUACGGCACCAACAACCAUAACUAAAUAACCUUUCUUCCCCAUUCUGAUGCUUGGUUUGAACUUCAGUAGAUCGUCUUGACCAUGUCUACAUGCCUAAAUGCAUUGAGUUGCUGCCACGUGAUUGGCUGAUUAGAUAUUUGCGUUAACGGGUGCAGUUUGCAGUUGAACAGGUGUACCUAAUGAAGUGGCCGGUGAGUGUAUAUAGCGAUAUAUAUAUAUAUAUAUAUAUAUAUAUAUGUGCAUACAUACAUACAUACAUACUCUUCAAAUGGCGCAAUUCAGCUCUUGUUUUUUAAAUGCAGUUUGUUUAAUGUAAUUGUGUGUGUUGUGUGCUAGCCAAGGUUGUCCCUUAUCACUAUUUGGUUUGUGUAAUGUAUACAAGAACCCCUGUGACAUUAUUUGAUAUAAGAACCUUUUCAGCUGUGCUAGGCAGUUGGGCAGGAACUUCGUCAGCUUAUUGUGGGUAGUUCGGUCAUUAUCGGCAAACGCCUGAUUAAAGUGAACGAUAUUGGCACCAAAUAACAUGUAACCUAGUAAGUUGACAAAGUGUGGGGGGGGGGGGUAGGGGAGAAAUUGCGUUCACGUUUUAAAAAUGUAAAUCAUUUUUACAGUGUAAAGAACUUAUAGUUCCCUAUAGAUUUUCCUUUUCUGAAAGCAUUCAGUGCUGUCUUGUGCUCAGUGGUGCUUGUAGAGCUGCAUACCAGACCCACGCUAUAGGCCAGCUGACUCCCAUGAAGUGUGUGAAGUUUGUGUCUCUUCAUAUUGAUUUCAGGGUUGUACUAUACCAAAAGCUGAACCAUUAUUACAAAGGUUGGUCCUACUAUUGUCAUGUAUACUGCACUGUACUACACUGUACAGUGCAUCUUCAGCAGUGCCUUGAAUUAAACAGUUUCUGUCUCA